AUGCCUAGGCAAAAUGCAUCGGACGAUAAUGGUUCACUCGAAUCAUUACUUAAAGGUUUUAUAAACCAAACCAAUGCAACGUUAAGGAGAUUCGAAACGCAACUCGGCCAAUUUGCCGUCGAUCUCAAGGGUAGACCUUUAGGAACUUUGCCUAGUGACACGGAAACCCCUAAGGGUAAAAACCAUAUCAAAGUCGUGACCGUGUUGAGUGAGGAGUGUUCAAAAAAAACAGUUCCUGUUUCAACUUCUAGUAAUGUGCAGCUCUCUGUUGAAAAACCCGACAGUGGGAAGAUUGUGCCCACUGUCCAAACGAACAGAUCUGUUCAAACAGCUCCAGAUUUGCAGAAUUUACCUUUUCCAGAAAGAAUGAAAAGCAAAAAUGUGGAUGAGCAGUUUAAGAAGUUUUUGGACAUAUUUAAACAACUCCACAUCAACAUACCAUUGAUAGAAGAUCUCGAGCAAAUGCCAAGUUAUGUUAAAUUUUUAAAAGACAUUUUGCAUAAAAAGAGGAGGUUGAACGAAUUCGAAACGGUUGCUUUGACCAAAGAAUGUAGUGCGCUCCUUACUUGUAAAAUUCCUACCAAAUUAAAAGACUCGGGAAGUUUUACCAUCCCGUGUUCGAUAGGAGGAAAAGAAGAAGGCCAUGCCCUAUGUGAUUUGGGGGCAAGCUUUAAUCUUAUGCCAUUGUCAGUUUUUAACAAGCUAGGAAUAGGUGAAGUCCGUCCAACGACCGUGACUUUACAAUUGGCGGAUAGGUCCAUUGCAUAUCCUAAAGGGGGAGUUGACCUGAGAGUUAGUGAUCAAGAAGUGAAAUUUAAUGUGUUUAAUUCUCUUAAGUUUCAUGGAGAGGUAGGCGAUUGUUUAGUCAUAUCUGCUUUAGGUGAAGACCUAGAAAUAAGUUUGAUUGACAUUCCCUACAAAAAUAACGUUGGGGAAAAUCUUGAGGACAUUUUGGAAGAAAAUGAUGAGUUGGAAGAUUUAGAAGAUUUGGAAGAUAUAGCGGCAUUUGAGCAACUUGACUUUAAGAAUAGAAUUGUCCAACCACCACCCAUAGAAAAAGCCCCCAAUUUAGAGUUAAAGCCGUUACCUAGUCACCUUAAGUAUGUUUAUCUUAUGGAGGAGGAAAAAUUACCCGUAAUUAUUUCUUCGAAAUUAAGUAAUGAACAAGAAUUGAGGUUGAUAGAGGUGUUGAAAGCUCAUAGAAGAGCCAUAGGUUGGACCAUCGUAGAUAUUAGAGGAAUUAGUCCCUCCCUUUGCCAACAUAAGAUUAUCUUGUAA